UACAAGUCAUCGACUGGUUUGAUCUCCUCAACGGUCCAGAUAGAGACGCACGCAUGGGCUUUGCCUGCGACCAUCGAGAUCCAGAAGACCCUUCUCUGUGUAUCCAAAGCUCCAACUGAUCAUAUAUCGUCUGAGUUUCCGUUUCUCUGUAGAGGCAAAACGCGCAGCUAUGGCGGGAGGAAGAGGAAGAAGAAGACCCAACACCAAUGAUAACAACAAAGUAACUUGUAGCAGCAGAAGAACAUCGUCGUCAUCUUCAUCAAAAUCCAAUGCUCGAGGAGCUCUGUUUGUGAAUGGUGGUGUUUUAUCUGAUUGGUCAUCCCCUCAAACCUCUCUUCGAGGGAAAAAUCCGAGUUUGAAUAACACAUCUGCCUCAAAAUCGGGAGCAAAAGUAGCUUCUGGUUCUAAAAGUGAGUCUCGGAAAUCUAAUGUUAAUGCUAUAGGAUAUCAGUACCCUUCCGUUGAACGUCAGGAGGGUUUGCAUCCAGGACUGCAUGAGGGCAAUGAUGUAGGUAAAAGUAUGGACGAGUCCUGCCCUUUGGUUUUAGUUGAUUUCAAGAAUACCCAAAUUUUAGCUCAUGUGGACCAGACAGUAGCUUCAAGUCCCCACGAAGUGAAAUUUACAUAUCAAUACGGUUCAAGUUUUGUGUUAGGUGAAAGCUCUCAUAGAGGGUUGGGGUUCUAUGAUGAACUUGAGGGAACUGCAAGUGGUAUUGAAGCUUCGUCAAAGCAAAUGGAAGAGCCAGAAGAUUCCUGUUUUGAUUCGUUGUCUUCUGAGAAAGAUAUGGAUGUCAAUGAAGGGAUGGAUUGUGAAGUUGGCGAUGAGAUGGCUGAAGAGCUGCCAACAGACAUGUCUCCUAUGAAAAACUCAGGAUUUUUGUCAAUUGGAGGCAUGAAAUUAUACACCCAAGAUAUUUCUGAUGAAGAAAGUGAAGAAGAUGAAAAUGGAGACUCACCGUAUGAAGGAAGCUCAGGCUCUUCUGAGCCAGGAGGAAUACUUGGAUCCUCUGAAAGUGAAGAUUCUGAAGACACGUCUGAUAGUGAUUCAGAUAUAGAUGACGAGGUUGCAGAAGAUUAUUUGGAGGGAAUUGGUGGGAGUGACAGCAUUUUAAGUUCCAAAUGGUUGGUAGGACAGGAAUUGGAUGAUCCGGAUAAGAACAGCUCUUUGAAGAGUGGAUUUGAUGAGACUUUACAGAAGUUGGGCGGAAUUGCUCUUCAGGAUACAUCUAGAGAAUAUGGUAGGAGGAAGGUCCAUUCACAGAAGAAAUACAAUGUGACAGAAAGACAUGCUAAGUCUUUGGCUAUAGAUGACCUAAUGCUUGUAAAGGAUCCGAGAACUGUUUUUGCAAAAAAGAAGCCCGUCGCUAGGUUUCCUCAAUCUUGGCCUUCAGAAGCUCAAAGGAGUAAAUUCUCAAGACAUUUUCCUGGUACGAAAAAGAAACAUCGUAAAGAAAUGAUUGCUGUGAAGCGUAGGGAGAGAAUGCUACGGCGAGGUCUUGAUCUUGAGCAAAUCAAUUUGAAAAUAGAGCAGAUUGUUUUGGAUGGAGUGGAUAUGUUUUCUUUUCAACCUAUGCAUUCCCGGGAUUGUGCCCAGGUGCAACGAUUAGCAGCAAUUUAUCGCCUGAGGAGUUCCUGCCAAGGAUCUGGCAAGAAGAGAUUUGUAACAGUGAUGCGGACACAACACACAGGCAUGCCAUCAGCAAGUGAUAGACUUCGUCUUGAAAAGCUGAUUGGAGCUGACAUGGAGGAUGCUGAUUUUUCUGUUGUUGAGCCCCGUGGAGACAAAAGCAGGUCAAAGAAAAUUGGAAAAGGAAUUGAUUUGAAGCCACCAGAAUCUAAACAUUACACUCAAAGAAAGACACCGAAGAUCGCAGCCAAGCGUGGCAGUGGCAGAGCCUAUGAACAGAAACUUGGUGGAAAAAUGGAUUCAUAUGCCAAUCAACCGGUAUCAUUUGUGUCAAGUGGCGUGAUGCAAUCAGCGACUGAGAGCACAACUGUUGAUUCAAUAGACCCAAGUUCUAAAAAUAAGGGUGCUGAAGCAGCUGAGUUUCAUUCGUUUGAAGUACACACUAAGGGUUUUGGAUCAAAAAUGUUGGCUAAAAUGGGAUUUAUUGAAGGUGGUGGAUUAGGAAAAGAUGGACAAGGUAUGGCAGAGCCCAUUGAAGUGAUCCAACGGCCUAAAUCACUUGGGUUGGGUGUGGAAUUUUCCAACACCGUUGACCUUCGAGUAAAUAAAACCCCAGUAAAGAGUAAUCCAGUGAAACACAAAGCUCAAUCUCAAAGAGUUUCUCAACCUCAGGGAGUUGGAUCUUUUGAAAAACAUACCAGAGGAUUUGGAUCAAAGAUGAUGGCAAAGAUGGGUUUUGUUGAAGGCAUGGGUUUGGGGAAAGAUUCACAAGGCAUCGUCAACCCUCUGGCUGCAGUCAGGCUACCAAAAUCGAGGGGAUUAGGUGCCUCAAGUUAAGAUAUUAUGUGUUGCUGAAAUUGCUAAGCUAAUUUUAAUUUCAAUUUCAAUUUCGUUUUUCCUUGUAGUUCUGCUAAUUCUGCACAUACAUGUGUUACCAUUAUGUUAACUUAUUAGUUGUCUUUUACUCACACCAUAGAUCUGUCUGUACGUUCUACUUUUGUCAUUGAAAAGAAAACGUGUGCUCGGUUUCUUUCUGUC